AUGGUUCACAACUGCUGGAAAUUGAAAGGAAAUGAUCGCACCAUAACGCUCACUGAGGUGUCACCUCGGAUCGGUGGCGUGCGCAAUAAACGUCAACUUUCGGAGCACCCCGUGGCCCACUUUCGAAACAACUCCCAGUUUCCAGUGCAAUUUUUAGCAAUGCAAACCGUCCAAAAGCCGCGGGCGGCACACUCCUUGUCCGCAUUCGGUGGCGUGUGCCUGUGGGUGGCGGUGAGAGCGCGUGGGCGUGUGCCCUCGCCACCAGCGGCCGCCGCGGACAAUGCAGCGGCGGGCGUUGUUUACCCGCGUCUAUUCCUGUGCCGGAACCGCCCGCCGCCCGCGAGUCCCAGUCGCAGCCGAAUUAAUCGGAUCAAGGUGGAACUGGCCGCGCUAAUGGGCGGCGCAUUACAAUCGCUCGCGCCACGUGCUCAGCGGACUUUUUUUUUCCGUUAUUUAAAACUGCUCUCGGCCAGCAUUUCCCCCAUACCCGCGGCCCGC